UUGCAAAUGGCGAACGAUUCGGUCGGACAUAACUUUUUUCAACUUCUCGAAAAUCGCUCCGGUCACGUUUGUCGUUAUGUUUUUAUUGAAAAUCUCAAUAAAAAAUUAAUUCGUAUGUUCAAUGUGAUUUGUUCAAAUUGAAGUUUUCCGAUUUCAGAGGCAAAUUCAAAACAUUUUGUUACCUUCGGGUAACAGAUCCACAAAAGGAUCUCUCCAAAAUUCACCGUAAGCUUUAAAAAAUUAUCAUUUGUGAUCGUCCAACAUGAAUGACACGGCGAGCACAUCUAAAGACAUAGUCAGUGUGCCAUCAAUGCCUACAGGACCGUCAGCAUGGGAGCAGCUCACAGCUCCCCAGAACCAAAAUGACGCAGGUGCAGCAAAUAACAGCAAUCUCACAUUGGCCUCAUCCAGCACUUCGCUGUUGCCUACCACACCGGUAAAAACAAUUUCAUCACCAGAGCCCAUGGCGCACACCCCUCAAGGUCCGCCAACAUCACAUGGUCCUGUUUACGGGGAAGAAUUAACAACAGAAUUGGUGAACCAAGGAUGGCGAAAGUUCUGGUCAAAACGUGAAAAUCGGCCGUACUACUGGAAUCGGUUGACCGGCGAAUCGUUGUGGGAAAUGCCCGGGCAACAGCAUCGAGCAUUUGAUCCACUAACAGAUCCAUUAGGUAUCUGCAGUCCCGGCCAGCCCGGGCCCAGUCCUAAUAGCCCCCAAUCGAACGCACAUGGAAACCUUAAACGUCGGCCAUCUGAAGAUGCACAACAUCCCCAUCAGGGGCAUGGCGGCGCACCGCCUCCUAUGAAGAAAUUCAUUCUUUCAGGUCCAUGGGAUCUAGAAAUAUUUACAAAUGCUGUGAUUGUCGAGCGUCCACCAACGCUUUUACCACAUCCUCAUCCAGAAAUCGAAGCUAUGCGAGCGGCUCUCACAAUGAAACUAGUGCGAACCUACGAAGAUUUGUGCCUGCGACGAGAAAACAUCAAAGCCCCCAGAGAUUCCUUUAUCAGGUGGAUAAUGGAGCGGAAAGUUAUCGACCGAGGCUGCGAUCCACUGCUUCCAAGCCUUUGCAUACCCGAAGUCUCACCAUCGAUGUAUCGAGAAAUCAUGAAUGAUAUUCCCAUAAAAAUAGUCAAACCAAAAUUCACAGGUGACGCAAGAAAGCAACUAUCUCGAUACGCGGAAGCUGCUAAAUACAUUAUAGAAUCACGUUCCGCCCCGGCGGAGAGUAAAAAGAUCGUAAAAUGGAACGUGGAAGACACGUUCCAAUGGUUACGUCGAACAGUCGGAGCAAGUUACGAAGACUUCCAGGAUCGGCUGGCACAUUUGAAACGACAAUGUGAACCGCAUCUGGUAGAGACAGUCAAGGGGAGCGUGGAAGCGCUUUGUACAAAAAUCUACAAUUUGUCUGGAGAACAUGCAAAACGGAUUCGUGAGAAACAUAUACUUUUGUUGAAGGAUCAUGGAAUCGGUGAACCCACACCACCACCUCCACCGCCUGUUUUGAAAAAAGUCUGGUGCUAUCCCAUUCAAUUUUCAGUUCCAUCACCGCGUAUGCCUGUUGUUGAGUACCUUCAGGAUCGUGAUCAUAUGGUGAUAAAAUAUACACCGUCAUCAAUGUCACAACCUGAUUCGUUGUUUAUUAAUCUUACGCACUUGCAAAAGUUGGAACAACUUUAUCGCUACAACUGUUUCGACGAUAAAAAAUUUGACCUAUUCAUCGGUCGGGUGUGGUGCUUACUGAAACGAUAUCAGACAUUUCUUGGCAAUUCAGUGAAUUCAUCACAAGAAGCCGAAAUGACUCAGGCUUCACUUCCAGUGCCCGUUUUUGAAUGUCUUCAUCGACAUUUUGGCGUUACAUUCGAGUGCUUCGCAUCGCCAUUGAAUAGUUAUUUUCGUCAAUUUUGCUCGGCAUUUGCCGACACCGAUGCUUACUUCGGAUCUCGAGGGCCUUUCUUGGAAUUCAAACCGGUGUCGGGAUCUUUCCAAGUCAAUCCUCCACAUUGUGAUGAAUUGAUUGACGCAACGCUCGCACAUAUCGAGAAGCUAUUGAAUGAUUCUAUUGAACCGCUGAGCUUCAUAGUAUUCCUUCCGGAGUGGAAAUGCAUAGCGAAACUUGAAGAAAACAUCUACAAAAGGCGAUCGGUUAUUAUACUUGGGAUGGCUCACGAGUACCGCCAUGGCUACCAGCACAUUACACCACAACAUGAAGUCACUGUGAAAAGUAUGCACGGCACCGUUGUCGUCUGGCUACAAAACAAUGCCGGCUACGCCCGCUGGGGACCAAAUGAGAAUCGCGUUGAAGCCUUACGGGAGGCCUUCCGACCGGCACGCGAUAAAGAACGUGAUAAACUGCAACAGCAGCAGCAGCAACAACAGAAUUCAUCGUCAGCGACAAAUUCUAAUGAUAGCAGUGGUAGCAGUGCUGCCAUCGACCCCGCAUCAACUGCGAAUGCAUCAAAUUCAAUUUAGUGUUAGAUCGCCGACUAUGACUGCAGUUGCAACUAUUAUUUCGUUGUUACUAUCUUUAUUCGUAGAAUUAAGACUUAAAGUGGACGAUUUUAUUUUUACUCUUGUAUUUUUUUAUUUCAUAUUAUAUAUAUAUACAUUUCUCCUCUAUUUUUAAGCCUAAAAACACUAAAGUGAAAGAGAAAAGAGAAAAUCAAUAUAUAUUUAUUACGAAAAUAUAAGAAAUUUUAUUUUCAAUGUUAUGAACAUUAAUUCUGUGCGCGUGAGUCGUGAGUAGUUCAAGUGUGAAGGGCGGAGCGUUUGUAGACGAUAUAUGCCAAUUAAAUUGACAAAAUUUAUGCUUAGUUUUAGUGAAAUGUGUAAAUCAUUUUCGGCACAUAAAAUUUCUAAGGUAACAUGAAACAUGAUGUCGUUGUAAGGGAACUUUUUAAUACACACACACACCAUUCAUUUAAGAAAUCGUAGAAUAAUAAAUGUUUAUUCGCUGGUCUCGCCAUAAAUGGCUGUUAUAAUAAUAUUAUUUGUCGGAAAAUUGUAUUCACAUGUUGGAGAAAUAGAAUUGUUGUUGAUUGUGUUAGCCUCUCCGUUAUGCUGCUGUCUGCUCUUUUAUUUUUCCUUCUUUCGUAUAAGAAACUGGCUCUAGUCGUCUUUUGAGUUUAAGUGAAAUCUAGACAUGGUUUCCGUUCGCACAAAAUCCAAAAUAUGCCUCAUGCAAUAUAAAACACUUUCAUGCAGUUGCUAAGAAUAUUUUAAUCUUUCUUUCUUCUUCUUUUUCUUCAGCCUUUGUCCCGUUCACAAGCGAGGUCGGCUCGUCGUGAUCGCUUUCGCCAUUUGGCUCUAUCGAAUGCCUGAUCUGGGUGCAAUCUUGAGGCUUUCAA